UGGUGUUUCGACAGACCCUUUGGCUCCUUUGGCUUUGUCAUUUCGCUUUGGCGACGCUCCUCUCUCACGCUUCUUCCCAUAGCCUGUCCUUGCUUCUCCUUUUUUUCCGUUUUAUACAUACAAGCGUGCUCUUCAAACAUGGCUCCUCCAAAUGGCAAGCAUCCUGACACGGAACCAAGGGGGUCGACCCGGAGUUCUACGACGAGCCGGGACGAUGAGGACAAUUACGAUCUAAGUGCGAUGACUGUUGCGGAUGGGUUCAGACCAGCCUGGGCGUCUGAUAUUCCCACAGCCGUACCCUCUCGCUCCGAGUUUUCGCCAGAUUUUGCAUCGCAGUCCGAUCCAUCAAGCUCAUCAUCCACCGAAAUAUCGAACACGUCCCAGUCUGACAGACCCUCGAGUAUUGCGAAACCCCCUCCAACCCACGAUCCUCUCUCACUUCGAUAUGAUGGCACUUCGGCUCAUCUGAUGCGGCCCCAUCCUCCCCGAACCCCCAGCGCCUCCGACGAACCUCCUUCCUCGCAUCUUGAAAGCCCGUUCCGAAAUCCUUCCGGCCCAUCGCACCCUUACCAGAUGUAUCCUCAGCGUACGUUGAGCGUCACUACCACGAGCAGCACGCCUAUGUCGGAGCGAUCGUAUGCCGGACCGCAGAGGCCUACGCACCCUUAUGGCCUCUACCCGCAAACCACCGUGCCGGUAGAUUCAUCGCAUGUCACGGACAUUCCGGUGGGUUUUGUCGGUACUCCAGACAACUAUCAAAGACGUAUCGGACCCGAUGGCGAAGAGGCAUCCGGCCUCAUUGGCCCUCUCGGCCACACGGAGGAACUACCCCCUUAUACUCGGUACCCGGAAGAGGCAUAUACGAGGAAAGCUGCCGUGGGCGAGGAUACCGCCCAUGUCACCCCGCUAGUCACCUCGCAAGCCACUCCGCAAGUCACCCCGCAAGCCGCCCCCGAGGGAGCCAUACCUGGCGCCGGUGGAAUCGGCCUCGCCACGCGUAACCCCGAAUUCGAAUCGCGGGAUGACCUUGAUGCACCGCAAUCUCGACUUUCGACUCGCAGCGUCACGUCGGACGCCAGCCAACACGAGAUCAACACGGCUGCUGCAGCCUACAAUGAAAAGCAAGACGAACGAAAAUGGCAACGGCGGGCGAGGAAGCGCUUCUGCGGUGUUGUGCCAUAUUGGGCACUGUGUCUCCUCGCCCUGACCAUGCUGGUCAUGGGCAUCGUUCUCGGUGCUGUCAUUGGCACUGUGUUCAACGGCGAGAAACCCGAGAAAAAGAAGCCCGAUGAAGACGCCAUUCCCAUGACGACUACCGACGCAACCGUGGACACCAGGCCACUUCCUACGGUCCCCGCUGAUCUACCCCCUCUUGACCUGGGAACUUACAUAUUGCCCCCUUUGGUUUCCAGUCAGGCACCAACUACGUGCUUCAGCGACGUGGCCCAGGCACAGGCAUGGACUUGCGAUAUCCAGUUUAGCAUGUAUUCGAUGACAGUGUCCCGACUAGCUAACGGCUCACCGGUGUCGAAUUAUGUCCUGCAGCUCGUCAUGAAUGGCUCUUCAACGCCGGACUUGCUUACCUGGGGCGCCCAACCGCCGACCAUCGUGGACCCUAUUCGUUUGCGACUUGUCAACGAUACGUUUGCUCCGGAUCGCGGCCCGGCCUGGUUCGGACAGGCUGCAUACAACAAGACGGUCGUCAUCGCUGAAGACCGGUUUCCCACAGUCGAUGCACCCUCAUCCCGACGCCGCAAGCGGGGAACGUGGGGUUUCGACACCGUGCCGAUAACCGGAAUGACAGGCGUCAUUGGGGCCGACGACGGCGACCGGCCCUGGAUCUGUACAUGGCCCGGGACGCUCUUAGAAGUCUUUAUUUACCCUUCGCAUAACAACAGUUUUAGCGAAGACUCUGCGUCCGCCGUUUCAAGGACCAACACCGUUACCGAGACGAUCACAUUACAAGGGAUCAGGCCCACAGCCGAAGAAGUAGGUGAAGAGGAAGAGGAGGAAGAAGAAGAAGAAGAAGAAGAAAAUGAACAAGGAGCAGGGAGAGCAGAGGCAUCGCCCACACGUACCUCGUCCAGUGUCCAGUCCGCGGCCACCGGGAAUUCGAGGCUAGCGGCCCCCGCUUACCCGAAGGUUAUGAAGAUUGAAGAGAGUCGGAUAUCGGACGACGAUUCUCGAGCCGCCGUAUGCCGUCAGGUGGAGAUCUAUGACAACGGCCAGAAAGCAACGCCCGUUUUGAACGAUAACGGUGAACCCGUUGAGGUCAUCAUACUCGAGAAUCAACGUCUCGUUGCCUUCCAUUUCGAGGAAGUCAGCAACAAGAGGCGAUGGGCGGGCAACGGCCCGCUAGUACGGAAGGAUGAUGAUGAUGACGACGACGAUGAUGAUGCGGUUUACAGUCAGCUGAGCGAGUGUGGCUGUAUGUGGUGGUUCACAUGAGCUAUUCGAUAUCCGACAUUUAGGCGAAAGAUACGCUUCAGUGCAUCGAGCAUCUAUCGACUCGUGGACGCCUACGAUGGACAUC